AUGGAAUCAAAACCAUUCAAAGUGGUCAUCGCCGGUGGCAGCAUUGCCGGGCUUGCUCUUGCCUUGAUGCUUGAAAAGAACGGCAUUGACUUCAUCGUAUUGGAAGGCUAUGGCAGCAUUGCACCGCAGGUUGGGGCUAGUAUCGGUCUGCUUCCAAAUGGUCUCCGCAUUCUUGACCAGCUAGGAUGCUAUGAAACGGUUCUGGAGAAGGCAGAAUAUCCUGUCGACAAGUACUUUUUCCGGGAUUCUCAGGGACAGCAGUUCUGGUCGUUUGAGGACUUUAAUCGGGAGACAGUGGAUCGUCACGGUUAUCCGGUGAUAUUUUUCGAUCGCCGCAUGUUGAUUGAAGUGCUCUAUGACAAGAUCCAAGACAAGUCUCGAGUUCUCACCGAUCAGAGAGUUCAAAGUAUCAGGAACGGUGCGUCGGAUGUCACUGUCACCACCACCACCGGCCGGGAAAUUACGGGAAAUAUCGUCGUCGGGGCAGACGGCAUUCAUUCAACUGUGCGCCAAGAAAUGUGGAAGGAAGCGCAGAAGAUAGAUCCCUCGUGGAUUGACCCUUCAGAGGCAUCCGCACUUCCUGCGACAUACUCCUGCAUCUUCGGUAUAUCAGAAGGUGUAAAGGGCAUCGAAAAAGGCACGAUGCAUUCGGUAUUCAACGAGCAUUUUUCAUACUUGGUCCCAAGCGGGCCCGGUGACCGGACCUACUGGUUCCUUGUGCUCAACAUGGGAAAGACAUUGUACGGCGACGAUAUCCCUCGAUUCUCAGAAACGGAAGAGAAAGCAGUAGCGAAGGAGCAUUGGAACGACCGGAUUACUCCCACGCUUCAAUUCUCCGAUCUAUACAAGAGCAAGAUCGCUUCGGUGCACACACCGCUGCCAGAGUACGUGUAUAAGAAAUGGUAUUUUCAGAGAAUGAUGACUAUCGGCGAUGCGAGCCACAAGUUCGAGCCAUUGACCGGUCAGGGCGGUAACAACGCUAUCGAGACAGCGGCUUCUUUGACAAAUCAUCUUGUCGCGGCUCUGAAGCGCUGCAGUUCUGGGACCCUGUCGACUGCCGAGAUCUCCAAGGUUUUUGAAAACGUGCAGGAACAGCGUGAAGACCGCGUUUGGGAAUUAGUCAAAGGAUCCCAUGCGCGACAACGUGUUGAAUGCAUGGAAACACCGCUGCUGAAACUAGUUGGAAAGUAUCUGAUUCCAAACCUACCCAGAUACAAGUUGGUCGACAAAUGGAUCCAGAUUUAUUCCCCAAGUGUAUCGUUGAACAUGAUCCCACAGCCAAACAAAGAGUGGGAAAUUGCCUACUACGAUGAGCGAUUCAGAACACCAUCUUCCCGCGGCCUCGCAGGCGUUCUUCUUUACGCAGCUUACUUCUUCCUUGCCUGGUUGGGCCAUCGGCAACUGAAGAUAGCGGGCACAGAGAACGGGACUUGGGAAUUGCUCCGUCAAGCAAUGCAAAACGGCUCAAUACCGCUCACAGGAGACACAGAGGUGUCUCUUCGCCGGGUUUAUACCGGCCUUGCGUUUCCUGACCUCAUUCUCCAAGCCUUGGUGACGUUCUUUUCGCCUGCAGUUAGCAACUUCUCCAGACCAGAGCAGCCGGUGCAGGUACUGUACUUCCUUGCUUCAAUAGUUCCAUUGAUGGCCAUCUUCACUGUUGAAGGCUACCGACCGCGAAACAAAUGGACGCUCCUUGCGAUCCCAUCGGUAUGGGGUGUUCUCUAUCAGCUGCGUGGUAUUGGAGUGAUCGCGCCAAUAUAUUUCGCAGCGAGCACUUACAUCUCGUCUCCGAUUACUUAUUUCUCUCCAAGCUCGCGCAACUUGGCUCCCUCCACGGCUCGCGCGAUACUUCCCGCUGUGUUGGUUGGAUAUGUCCUGCCGACAAUGAUGUUGUUCUUCCCCUUGGAGAAUGCCCCAGUCACCCGACAGGCCUUCAUCGCCCUAUGGCAGCCUGUUCCAAUUUACGUGGUUAUUUUCACAGAAAUAUUCUCUGGCAUAAUCAAGCGUGUUGAAGGGUCCAAGUCGGUCACGCCUUCAACGGACAGCAAGUCCAAUCAUGAUCUGCCUUCGUUGCAAAUGCUUUACGCAUUUACUGGCUGUAUCGCUGCGUGCUUCCAUCUUGCGUUGCUGUCCAGCUGGUUCGUCUCUGGUAGCAAUUUCCUGGUCAGGGCAUUUAUCCCAGCGGACUCUUUUGCGCAGACAUCCACACUCGCAGAUGGCAUCUUCAUAUUUUUCCAGAAUGAUUUCCUACUUGUUUCUGCUGCCAGUCUUCUCUGGAGCUGGUCCAAUGUAUGGGACUUGUAUCGUAUGGGAAUUUCGAAUGUUUCCAUGUGGGUAUCUUUGGCAGGUCUGGCUCUUGGAUAUGUGGCGGCUGGACCGGGUGCAACUGCGGCGGCUGUGUGGUACUGGAGGGAGGGCGUUAUGAGCCAAAGGAAAUUCCGUUCGAUCUCUCAAUAG